GUGAGGACGAGGAAUGGGGAAACGAGAGCGAGGCGAUGCCGGGAGAACCUCGCACGCCCAGCUCAGAGGGGGAGCGACCCGCGUCCAGCGGUGGCGCCUCACCAGCCUCGGGAGGCUCACCUGCUGCCUCACCACCUCGCUUACGCCUCAACACCAGUCUUGCUACAGACCCUGCGCUGGCACCGCAGGCAACGGCGCUCAAACAUGAGCCGCCCUCACCAUCUCCUCCUCCGCCACCAGCAGCAACACCACAAGCCGCGAGAGACUACCUCGCCUUAACGGCGGCAGCCUUCCCAGGGCUAUUCCCAGGGUCUGGUCCUCCGAGCUAUGUAUGCAAACCUUGUGGUAUACGCUACUCAUCGUUAAGUACGCUACAAGCACAUCAAGAACAUUAUUGUUCAAAUAGACUUCCGAAACCCACAGAAGGGCCGAAUGCGUCAUCCGAUCCUGUCGCAGAUGAGUCCAGCAGUGAUGCUAAAACUCCGCGACCUGCCGGCAAGCAGUACGCUUGCACGUAUUGCUCAUAUAGUGCAGAUAAAAAAGUGAGCUUGAACCGCCACAUGCGGAUGCAUUCCUCAUCUCCGGUCAGCAGUGGUACUCCAGCGCCGACGCCGACCUCUAACGGAGAAGUCACAGACGGUCCACCGGUACAAGACCGUUACUGCGCUGAUUGUGAUAUUCGCUUUAGCUCAAUAAAAACAUAUCGUGCUCAUAAACAACACUAUUGCAGCACGAGACAAGUCGUCAAACAAGCUUUGGCUGCAGCUCGGGGUAGCUCAGCAACGUCAGGGUCCGCCCCUCCUUCGCCUGGAGCCACACCACCGGCACAAAACCAAAACCAAUACGCACUCGCGUUACCCACGAAUCCUAUUCUCAUUGUACCGUAUUCAUUACUACGGGGCGCCAGUACUCUCCCAGGGGCAACACUACCGGACCCAGACACGCCAUGCUUUCUGUUACCAAAUGGAACAUUCCAACCAAUCAGUCGGGCAAUAUCAAAUAUGAACUCUGAUGGAAAAGAAACUGAGGUAUUAAAAUCAGCCAACCGACCUCGAGAGCCUUCAAGAGAUGGAGGUGUGACUCCACUAGAUCUCAGUGUUCGGCGGUCCCCAGAAUCAGUAGUCACUGAUGAACAUGAAAAAGAGAAUAGAAUACGGUCAACUACUCCUGAGCAAAUAGUAUGCGCUCCUUCUCUACCAGGAUCUCCAGGAACGCCGUCUCCUUCACGGCGGUCUUCGUCACCAAGUGCAGAAAGUUCACCAAAGCGACGGCGGCUAAACUCAAGAGGGCCGACUCCCAAACCCCCAAGUGUGCCGUCACCUCCUGAAGAGAAAUUCGCGCCCAUAGUUCCUCCUGCAAUCUUGCCACCUACCUUAGCAUUACGCUUAGCAUCAGAACUACCAGUAAUUGGUGCAUCUCCUCAAGUGCUUGUAAAACAGGGAGUUUCUAAAUGCAAAGAAUGCAACAUCGUAUUUUGUAAAUAUGAAAACUACCGCAUACACAAGCGACAUUAUUGCUCAUCUGGGGGUGGUGAGGAGCGCGCAAGUCCCGCGCCACCAGAGCCUGGCCCACCGCCUCAGUACCGCCAAUUGAUCUGUCUCGCGUGUGGAAUACAUUUCAGUUCGCUGGACAACCUGACGACUCAUCAGUCGUAUUAUUGUACUAAACGUGAGACUCGAUCUCCUCGAAGUGUGCCUGAAGUUCCACGACCUACGUCAGGGUCAGAGGGAGGUUGGAAGUGUCCUUGCUGCGACGUGGUGUCCCCGACGGCAGCGGCAGCGCAGCGCCACAUGGACGCGCACGCUGGUGUGAAGGCUUUCCGCUGCACCAUAUGUCGAUACAGGGGCAACACGCUGCGAGGCAUGCGCACACACAUACGUAUGCACUUCAACAACAAGAAGCCUGCUGAUUUGCAGGAAGAGAGCUACAUCUCGUGCGUUUUAGAAGAGGACAGCCGUGAAGCGACUUCCCCGAGCCCAGCGGUGGGCGGCGGAGAGCGCGUACACCGGUGCGGCAGCUGCGCGUACACGUCCACGUACCGCGGUAAUGUCGUGCGACACGCGCGACUCGUCCACGCGACAGACGAGCCGGAAGAGGAACAGACGUCUCCCGUCCCUCCCCCCACUGUCGACAUCAAGAAGGAACCAGAGACAGAACUUGAGGAAACUCCAAACUACUGCAAGUCUUGUGACAUUUCCUUCAAAUACGUCAACACUUAUAAGGCUCACAAGCAGUUUUAUUGUACUGCCAACAAUCAAGAUGCAACGGCUAACAAUAACGUACCCACGCCCGCGAGGGUCACAGACACGCCUGUGCUAUGAAUUUCGUUAUUAUUGAUACUUGGCGUUCUAAAUAUAUAUGUGAGUUGCAGGCAAUGUUAGUAUCUCAUUUUCGUAGAGCUUCAUCAAGGAACUUGAUAUUACUUUGACUACUAGCGCCAUCUAUUAUUGUUCCCCGUAAAUAUUUUUGACUAAGUAAAGACCCAUUCAAAUCAAACUAAAAUUAUAUAUAUUCAUUUUAUAACGUGUAUAUGAACUUGUUUUCAAUUGUUAUAAAGGUAUGGUUAUAUUUUAUACUGUUUUAAAGUCAUUUUGAUGAAAUCUCACGUAAAAGCGAUAAAUAACAGUAAGUCCUGUUUAUAUCAAUGUUUACUCUGAAAAUAUUGCUCGCAGAAACCAUAAUUGCUUAAGUUGCUUCACCAGAAUUCCUUGUAAUUAAUCCUAGACUAAGAAUGUAUCCUCUCGUUUUGAAAUAAAUUUAAAUUAAAUGAUUGUGCAAUAAAUUAAUGAAUAUAAAAUUUAACGUGUACUGCAUAUCAAUGCCAAAUCGAUGUUUCAAAUUUUCGAUUCGAUGUUAAAAUAUAAAAGGCAAAAUAUUAAAUUUAGCUUAAGUUACGCCACUGUUUCUGAUGUUAUGAUAACGUGCGCAAAUGGCGUAGGCGAAGCUAAUAAAUGUUUUUUCUUAAUCCUUCAGAAAUCUCAAGAACUCAAAUGAGUAACUCAAAAAAGUUCUUGCUCAUUUAAGUUCUUGAGGUAAAAAGUUUAAUAUAUUGGCUAAUGUACAUACAAGCCCUCAAUAAUUUUAAGGAUUUUGUUACUCUGUUACUGUAAAUUUCCUAGUUAAAAGUUAAACUUCGUCUUUGUAUUAGUAUACGGUUAAAACAAUAUUACCAAAAUUGUAAAUAUAUGUAAAGAUAUUACUAAAUAUUAUUACCAUUCAUUCUAAGUGAUUGUUCUUGAUUUUUGUUGUUAAUUUUUGUUUAAUAUUAAUUAAUUAUUAGGCGAAUUUAUCUUCUA